AUGUUCUUCACCAACGUCGCCCUCUCCGCCAUUCUGGCCACCACCGCCGUUGCUCUGCCCAAGCCUCUCGCUCCCCGCGACUCAGGCUCUGGCAACGUGCAGAUUAUCAACAACCUGUCCAAGGAUGUCUACCUGUGGAGCACCGCCGCCGAGUCCGGCUCCAUGCAGACUAUGACCUCCGGUGGCGGCACCUACAGUGAGAAAUGGGGCACCAACUCUAAUGGCGGGGGCAUCUCCAUCAAGAUGUCCACCUCCCAGGACGAGGACUCCGUUCUGCAGUUCGAGUACACCCAGGACGGCGACACGCUGUACUGGGAUCUGUCCUCCAUCAACCUGGACUCCAACUCCGACUUCAUUACUGCCGGUUUCUCUGCUACCCCCAGCGACCAGAGCUGCCCCUCUGCUACCUGUGACGCUGGUGACUCCAACUGCCAGGCUGCGUACCAGCACCCCGAUGACGUGGCUACCCUGUCUUGCUCAACCGAUGUCCAGUACACUCUGACCCUUGGUUAA